GUUGUUCUCACUGCGCUGUUUCCUGUUUGUGCUCAGCUCAUUUUCUUUUAUCAUCGAGGUUUAAUACUUUGUGCGUCCUGUGAUGAUUUUCUACCCUUUGUGAUUUAAUAAAGUGUGUUUACUCAUUGUGUAACUAAAUCCCCCAACCUGCUUUUUGCCUGUGUUUGGUCGCCACCCACAUACUGUACCAUCAAAUCGACUUUCACCAGUAACAAAUGCAUUAAAAGAGGAAGUGAGAGAAGGUUCAGCUCCUUUGCUGCUGUAAGGAAUCACCUUCAUCAGUUCAUGUGUGUCAGAGCCUCUUCUUGCAUGAUGGCACAUGCAAAGUCUGUGAAGUGACAUGUAGCCAUCACAUCGCGGUUUCCCAGCAGUUAGGAGGACGUCUGCUGCUUCAGGAGGUGAGAACAGGCUCGUCUCUGCUUCUAUUUAACUGCCUGAUGCUGUAGGUUCUGUCUGUAAACGUUGGUGUCUGUCGUGUGACAGAUUCUAACUUUUAUUCCUGUGUGAUGAUGAUGAACGAUCACGUCCUUCGCUGCUUCAUAUUUCUGGCUUUAGUGAAAAACUUGACUUCUAAUCCGCCCUUUGAACUGGACGGCAACGCACUGACAGUUAAGGAAGGAUCCUGCAUAAAAUUAACAUGCAGAGUCACUUACAGUGUUUCUGCAUCUAAUGCGUAUUGGUUCUGGAUGAAGGACCCACAGUGGAUAGAAGCUUACAAAAAUUAUUCUGCCACCAUCGUUUACAGCACAAAUAAUGUAACACGUCCUGUCAGUCCAGAGUUCUCAGGCAGAGUUCACUAUGUCGGAUCUCCAUCAGAAAAAUGGAACAAUCCUUCUCACACAUCCCCACCACAGUGCAGUAUUUUAAUCUGCAACCUGAACAAAAACGACAGUGGACAGUAUAAGUUCAGAUUUAUUGGUGCAGAUAAAUGGAGUACUAAAAUGACUACUACCGUCACAGUUACAGAUAAUCCAUGUCCGAUCACUUUUGAGAAUCAACCACCUGUGAAGGAAAAUGACACGAUUACACUCACAUGCUCCACUUUAAGUUCGUGUUCUUCAAGCCCACAAAUCACAGAUCUGUCAAACCUGCACUCAACAAAGUUGAAUGAAAGCAAAACCCAUAAGAGCGUCAGCUUCACAGCCAGCUGGCAGGACGACGGCAGAGCGUUCUCAUGUCAAGACCCGAACAACUCGGACAAAUAUUUGAUGAGAAACGUCAGCGUAACUGUAGAAUAUGCUCCUAAAGGAAUAUCGAGCGCAAUAAGCAAAAACAAAAUCAAAGAAGGAGAUUCAGUGACUCUGACCUGCUCUGCCAAAGGAAACCCACCCCCCACCUUCACCUGGUUCAGGACAAAUGUCAGCAGUGACCCGGACACUGUGGCAUCAAUAGCUGAGUGGGAAAUCACAUCAAUAACUGAAAAGCAUUCUGGACAAUACUACUGUCAAGCUGAAAACAAAUAUGGAAAACUUGAAUCAAAUGUAACUAUUGAUGUUCAUUUCAAACCUGAAGUUGAGAUCAAGAUGCUUUCACCUGCCACUGUGACAGAAGGAGACACUGUGACGUUAAGUUGUAAUUUAAAACGAAGCAACCCACAACCAUGGAGCUACGUUUGGUACAAAGAUGAAACACGGAUCGGUACUGAGUCAGAGUCUAAGUAUGUUCUGAAAGUAAGUACCCAGGACAGAGGCUUCUACAAAUGUGGAGCAACCAACACUGAGGGAACUGGAACAUCAGACACGGUUCAAAUUGUUGUUCAGUACCGUCCGAGGAAACCGAAAAUAGUGUCUGAAGAAACUGUGAAAGUUGGAGGCUCCCUCACACUGACCUGCGUCACAGACGCCUAUCCUGCCCCACAUUCAUACUACUGGUAUCAUUACAAUAACAACCAACAGACUGACUCCCUGCGGCGGACGUUCCGUAACGACAAAAGCCUGACCCUGAAGAAUGUACAAAGAGCAGAUGAAGGAUGUUACACGUGUAACUGCACCAACAGCAUCAGUUCAGGACCAAAAAGUGACGAGAAGUGCAUAAAGGUGCUGUACCCUCCCACCGUCCCUGUGCUGUCUAUGGCUUCUGAGGUCACAGAAAACCAGACCGUUGCCAUCAGCUGCUCUGCUGAAAGUUACCCAGAACCAACGCUCAGUCUGACCCGGUCCACAUCAAACAAUCAGCCUCUAGAAGUGAAGGUCCUCGAACCCAGAAGUGGCUGGUACCAAUUCAACCAGCUCAACUACACCUUCAAAGUAGCGUCAGGCGAUGCUGGAGAUUACACCUGCAGAGCCUCAAACUCCGAGGGUUGGAACCAUAAGCAGCAGAAUCUGGUGGUGAGAUAUACUCCCAAAGACAUGAAGAUAACGGGUCAAGUUGUUGUAAAUGAAGGAGAGUCACUGACUCUUUCCUGCACGGCCUCGUCUGUCCCCCCUUUGAAAUCAUUCAGGUGGACGAAGGACGGGGAGGAGGAAACAAGUUGGAAAUCUGCGCAGCUGUUUGUCAGGUCUGUGAGUCCCUCUGACAGCGGAGCGUACAGAUGUGCAGCCAGCAACGACGUGGGAACAGCAGAGUCACAGGCAGCUGUGGUUAGAGUCAAGUAUGCUCCAAGGCACACGGAGAUCACUCAGUCAAAAGAAGAGCAGGACCCCGAUGGGAGGAGUUACAUCACACUGACCUGCAGCACCGAGUGCUACCCCCCCGCCACAAAGUUCACGUGGUACCGGGAGGAAAAGGGCCAAGAGGCAGAAGUGUCUAAUGGUCAGACCCACACUGUGUCCUCAGACCAGCCUGGACUCUAUUACUGCGUAGCAAGUAAUGAGAUAAAGGGAAGACGAUCCGAUGGCGUUUAUCUCUUUGACGACACCGUUAAAAAGGCACUGAGGCUCUCUCUGAGUCUCUUCCUCAUCCUCCUCGUUGCCGUCAUCUUUGUCCUGGUUUACAGACACAGAAAGAAGAACUCAGCUCAGCCUGGAGCCACACGACGCUGCUGUUGCUUCCUGUGCUGGUCCAGACGUCCCAGCAGGGGGCCUGCGGGACGCGGGACCUUCUUGGCAGAACCUUCCAGGAGCAGAGACGACCUCCUGUCGGAGCGAGCGCAGCCGCAGCAUCCUGCUCCAGACAGCACGCCGGCGCCGGACGUCAACACCGUUUACAGCCUGGUCAACGUGCCUCCACAGAAACAGGCUGCCGUCGCACACAAGGCCGUCCGGCUGCAAGGUGGCCCCACGGAGGCCCAUUCUCCCAACUACGCCUCCCUGCACUUUGGCAGCAAGACGACCAACAAACAGCCACAACCGGCGGCGGACGAUGUUUAUGCCAAGGUGUGCAGGUCGAAGCCCCAUAAAACGAAUGAAAACGAAUGGCUGACGGACUACGAGAACGUGGGCGCCACGGUUGCAGCCAAGGCCCCGGAGCCCUCGGACGACGACGACACCAGCAGCGACGACGACGUGCAGCUCAACUACGCGCAGGUGAGCUUCAAGGCGAAGCCCGGACGCCAGCGCGGCAGCGGAGACUCCAGCAGCGGAGACUCCAGCAGCGGAGACUCCAGCAGCGGAGACUCCAGCAGCGGAGACGACUACGACGUGCAGUAUUCUGACAUCAAAAUCUGACGCAGCGCGAAAUCGUGUGUGUUAUAAAGGCUCUACUAUCAUGUUGUUCUUGUUUUAAUUAUAUUUUUAUUGCAUUCCUGCUUCACUUUGCAGCAGAAAUGAUACAAACACAAGUCAGGUUUAAUAAUUGUUUUAAAAACGAGAACUGUUCAUAGUUUAAUUUGAAGUUAUUGUGACUGUGACCACACAAAGCUGUGCGGAAAUCAGUUCACCGAGGCGACAAUCGAAACCACAAAGCUCCAAACUUUACUUUGACAAAACUAAACAGUCUUACUAUCAAUAAAACCAUAUACUCAGACACUGAA